GCUGUGUGCAUAAUAUAGAAGAAUGGCGUCCAGAAGAUCAAGUAACGCUACCAGGGAAGCAGUAAAACCACUUCGUCGUUGGGAGGAUGGUCAAGAUGAAGAUUACUGCGACCCCGACAAACUGCUUCUGUGCCCUUACGAUCCAAGCCACCAAAUCCGGGCAUGUCGGUUUCCAUAUCAUCUUAUCAAGUGCAAGAAGAACCAUCCUCAGCUGGCCAGUGCACUGUGGACAUGCCCGUUUAAUGCCCGACACCUCAUGCACAAGCAUGAGCUCUCCCAUCACAUGGUCAACUGCGUGGACAGAUGCUCCAUCAGUAAUGACUAUGUGGAAACUGUUGAGAGCAAGCGCAAAUUUGAGAUUCCUAUCAACACCUGGACUAUGCCUACCUGUGAUGAAGACUGGGACCAAGAGGUAGAAGAGCCAACAGCACCACCAGCACACUUGGCCUUGCGAGUGUCAACUACCCAACUCGACCCUGAAAGGCCUGAGCAAACCAACAGUGUGACAGCCAGUCUCAGAGCACCGAGAGUUCUUCCCUGGGUACUGGGCAAGUGAAGAAUGAGCUCUAAAAAAACUGCAUUGAUUUUGGGGAAAUCCCUCUUUUAGUUCAUGGUUUUGGAGGUUUGUAUAACAUGUUCUCUGUGUUUAAUGUAAUGAAUAUCUUUGUUGAGUCACUCAGUCUAUCUGAUCUCUGUUUUCAGUUUACACAGAAUAAAAACUGUUAGUCCCUUUUGGACUCAUCUACCUGCAGCCUCUGAGUAUUCUUGUUAUUGAUAUUCAGUGGUUAAGAAAUUGUGGUGUUCUUACAUUCAUAUAACUGAAG